AUGUCUCAAAAGAAGGGUAUCGGGAGCCUACUUGAAGGUCAUCGCACCGCUAUGACCUUCACCUGCAAAGAUGACGGCUUAAUGCGGGCCUCUUUCGAGUUGUGGUCAUGGGAGUGGCUUAACGGCCCCCCUCCCUCCUUCCAUGCUAAGUCAAGAGCUGAUGAAGGUGGUUGUGCCUGUGCCGUACCGAAAGUAUUUUGCGGUACUCUGCGUCUCUGGAUGGCUGCGAUAUAUGACUCCCUCAAGGGGUUGUGA